AUGUAUCAAGACGACCAUAUCGGGUUAGUUUGCCUCACUUCGAAAUCAUUCCGUCAUGACCUCGCAUUCCAGUUCGGAGCACUCAACCGCCACAACUAAUAUUUCGCAUCUAUGCGGCCUUCGCAUCUCGGGGAAGCCUCAGAAGACCCGAAAGACAGGAGUUAUCUGUACGAUCGGACCGGCCUGCAGUGAUGUGGACACUCUGAAGACGAUGAUCAACACGGGCAUGAACAUCGCCCGCUUGAACUUUUCCCAUGGAAGUCAUGAAGUCAGUUUACCCCUUCUCGAGCCAUCUUCUAAUUCCAUUAUAGGCUCAUGCUGCAACCAUAAAAACAAUCCGAGAGGCUGCGAAGGAUGCCCCGUUCCCAGUGGCCAUAGCACUUGACACGAAGGGACCAGAGAUCCGUACCGGAAUGUUUGCCAAUCAUGUGAAGGAAGUGGAACUGAAGAACGGACAGAGCAUCCGAGUGUCCACUGAUCCUUCCAUGGAACUGAGCGCCACGGCCACCAACAUUUAUGCUGACUACAAGAACCUUCCGAAAGUCGUUCAGCCGGUAAACAAACAGUCUUUUCAGUAUCAAGACCCCCCGUUUUCUUUCUGCAGGGAUCCAGAAUCUACAUUGAUGACGGUCUUAUUUCACUGAUCGUCGACUCCACCGAGGAGAACGCUGUCGUUUGCACUGUAGAGAACGGAGGAGCACUUGGAACCAGAAAAGUAGCAACUCAAACAGAGUUUGCUGUGAUUCAUAGAUAUUGUUUAGGGUGUGAACCUGCCGGGAACUCGUGUCGACCUCCCGGCCGUCACUUCAAAAGACAUCGAAGAUCUCAUCUUUGGAGUUGAACAAGAUGUUGAUAUCAUCUUCGCUUCGUUCAUCAGGGACGCCGACGGCAUUCGCAAAAUCAGACAAGUUCUCGGGGAGAAGUAAGGGAAAGUUGACUGAUUCGUAGACACAGUUCACGACUUCAGGGGAAAGCACAUCUACAUUAUCGCCAAGAUCGAAUCCGAAGACGGAGUCACGAAUGCCGAUGAGAUCAUUGCAGCUGCCGACGGAGUCAUGGUUGCUCGAGGAGAUCUGGGAAUCGAGAUUCCUCCCGAGAAAGUGUUCCUUGCUCAGAAGAUGCUCAUUGCAAAGUGUAAUUUGGCUGGAAAGUCGGUGAUUUGUGCGACUCAAAUGCUCGAGAGCAUGAUCAGCAAGCCUCGUCCGACCAGAGCCGAGUGCAGUGACGUGGCGAACGCGGUGCUCGACGGAGUGGACUGUGUCAUGCUGAGUGGAGAAACUGCGAAGGGAGCGUAUCCCGUCGAAGCGCUUGCCAUCAUGCACAAUGUGAGUUUGAAAUGUUUAGAGGAAAAUCACGAGUCUGAAGGCAGAGGGUAUCCGAUUACCGAAGUGAUUCUCAUCUGCAAUGAGCUGCAACCUCGAAAAUAGAUUGCGUGAUCUUUGAUAGAAUCUACAAUACACAGAAAAUCCACGAGCGUGAAGUUUCCAGAUUUGCAAGGAAGCCGAAUCGGCGUUCUUCCACAUGAAACACUUCGAGGAGCUCAUUCUCCACACUCCGAAGCCGACUGGAAUGACUCACACGACCGCCAUCGCCUCUGUUUCCGCUGCGAUCACCUGCCGAGCCGUGGCCAUCAUUCUCAUAACCACCACUGGAAGGUAGCCCUCUCUCAGUGUUCCAUGGAACCAAAUUCAAAUUUUCCUCACAGAACCGCCCGUCUCUGCUCCCGUUACCGUCCCCCAGUGCCAAUCAUUACCGUCUCUCGCGAUGAACGCAUUUCUCGUCAACUUCAUUUGCACAGAGGAAUCUUUCCAGUCUUCUAUCCAAGUAAGACACCUCCGAUCUUCCUAUCCUAUCCACAACACUUUUCAGAGGGACGCAUCGAAGAAUGGGACGUGGACGUGGAGGAACGUGUGCAGUACGGAGUGAACCUCGGAAAGACACGUGGCUUCAUCCACGUGGGCGACCCGCUCAUUGUGAUCACUGGAUGGAAGCAGGGCGCCGGGUUCACCAACACAAUGCGCAUCGUGACGGCCCAGUAA